UCCGCCUUUGCUUAAAAAAAGUAGUAAAAUACACUUCUCAGCUAUGUUUUGAAUGUUCUUGGCGGCUUUCCCGCUCUAAAAACGAAUGCACAAAUAACCCAAUCUAGCGACAGACUAUUUGUGCAUUUAAAGAUGCUCUUACAGUCAUUACUUUUGGCUGGAUUGGUCAUUUUACCACUGCUGCUCAGAUUGUUCUUUCCUUAUUUCUGGACAGAUGUUUUGUAUCUCAAAGACUUGUUCAAGAUAUUGCUCAAAUUUGCCUCGCGCAGAAGGCGGAGACCGUUGUUUCUCGCUUUGGACAGAUUUUUAGAACGGACGGCUGAGCAUCCGCACAAGCCUUUCGUUGUUUUCGAAAACAAGACUUAUUCUUACGAGGACACAGACAGAGAAAGCAACAAAAUAGCGAACGCCUUAAGGACUCAUUCUGCUUUGAAAGAAGGGGACACGGCUGCCAUUUUCAUGGGGAACGAGCCCGCCUUCAUAUUUACCUGGCUCGCGCUAUCUAAAAUAGGGUGUGCGUCGGCGCUUCUCAAUAAUAAUAUUCGCUCCCAAUCGUUGUUGCACUGUUUCAAAUGCUGCGGCGCCAAACUCAUGAUCAUUACGGCAGAUCUUCAGGCAGCAGUGGAGGAGAUACUUGUGCCCUUGUGUGAAGAUGAGGUGUGUGUGUUUGUUAUGGGGAUGGAGUGUGGGUCUGUCCAUAUGCAGAGUCUCAGUGAGAAAGUGGAGCAGGCAUCAGACACUCCCAUCCCUCACUCCCUACGAGCCAAUGUUUCCUUCAAAGACCCUGCAGUCUACAUUUACACAUCUGGAACAACAGGUCUCCCUAAAGCAGCAGUGAUCAAUCACACUCGUCUGCUAGCUGCUCUGGCAGUGCUGGCAGCUAACGGGGUCACGAAUAGGGAUGUCAUCUAUGUGAACCUCCCACUCUACCACACAGCAGCCUUUCUCAUAGGCUUCAUUGGCUCUGUGGAGACAGGUUCCACUGUAAUUCUGAAGAGGAAGUUCUCUGCAUCUCAGUUCUGGAACGAUUGCAGGAAACACAAUGUGACGGUGAUCCAAUACAUUGGAGAGACCAUGCGCUACCUCUGCAACACACCCAAGAGGGCGGACGAUAAGGAGCACAACGUACGUCUGGCCAUUGGGAACGGCCUGCGAGCAGACAUCUGGAGAGAGUUCCUCUCUCGUUUUGGCAAGAUUGUGGUGAGAGAGUUUUAUGCAUCCACGGAGGGCAACGUGGGCUUUGUUAACUACACAGGGAAGAUCGGUGCUAUUGGCCGAAUCAACUUUCUGCACAAAAAAAUGCUCCCGUACGCUCUGAUUAAAUAUGACACAGAACUAGACGAACCCAUCAGAGAUGUCAACGGCAGGUGCAUCGAAGUGCUGAAAGGAGAAACCGGACUGUUAGUGUCAAAGAUCACAGAGAUUGCUUCAUUUGAAGGUUAUGCUCGUAACCUAGAGCAGACAGAGAAGAAGAGACUGCGCAAUGUGUUUCAGGAGGGAGAUGUUUACUUCAACAGUGGAGACCUGAUGAAGAUCGACCACGACAACUUUAUCUAUUUCCAGGAUCGACUUGGGGACACUUUCAGGUGGAAAGGAGAAAACGUUGCCACAACUGAAGUCUUAGACAUUGUCACUCAGGUGGACUUCAUUAAAGAGGCAAACGUUUAUGGAGUUGAGGUUCCAGGUCAUGAGGGUAAAAUUGGAAUGGUCGCUGUAACAGUGAAAAAUGGAGCAGUGUUUGAUGGCAUUGAAAUGUUCAACCAUGUCACAAGAUGCUUACCAACCUACGCUCAGCCACACUUCCUGCGAAUACAGAAUGCGGUGGAGGUGACCAGCACCUUUAAGCAGCUGAAGAUGAAGCUGAUGAGAGAAGGCUUUAAUCCCACUGCAGUCUCCGGGCCACUCUAUUUCCUCAGUGACAGAGAGCAGAGCUAUGUUCCUAUGACAAUGAUCAUAUAUGAUGCAAUAAUUUCAGGCACUAUCAGACUCUGAUGAAGAGUUAGCUGAGCUUGUGCGUGAAGUCUGUGUGACACUCUGAUGAGAGCUUGUAUGUUCCAUUUAGUGCUGACAGCAUACUAGCAAACAUCAUAUAUUCAAUUCCUUUACGCUGUUUUCAUUUAAACACGUUGUACAGAAAUAGAGCAGCAGGAACACAAGAGGGUGCUGUGCAGUGCAUUUACACUAUUCUCCAUAUGUCAGCAGCUCAGGGACUUUAGCACACCUCUGUGCUGUAAACUUACCUAAUAGAGCCUCCAAACACACAAGGCAGAGAUGAGCAUGAUGUAAACAGUGAUUGUACCAGCAGCGAGGGGUACAUGUGUGCUUUUUUCUUAUCUUUGUCAAUCACUGAUGGUUUGUCUGCACCAUCAUUUAUACAUCUAUCAUUAAAAUAUCAAACAGGCAUGAAUGACUAUUAGACAACUGUGCCUCUUAUAAAAAUGCUUGCUUAUAAUGGAAUGUCUCGAAAUGGGAAAAAGCAAACAUGUAUUUUAUGUUCUAUAUACAGUAAAUUCAAUAUAUAAUGUUCAAUAUAUAAUGUUAUAUGUGAAAGUAUCAAAUGUAUUAAUGUGUUAUUAACCUCAAGUGUUUGCAAUAUUUAACAUGCUUCAUUUAGAAUGGCGUUUAUGAUCUGUGGUAUUAUCCUCUAACGUGUUCAUGAAUAAUAUCAAUAAACUGAUUUCACAUUUA